GCCGGUACAGUUUCACGGCGGAAGUGAUGAUCGUCUCGCAGCCAUUUCUUUCUUGCAGCCUUCAAAGGGAAAUUCUCGGCUCGCUUUGGGUUUUUAUUUGGCAGUAAAUAGGUGUUUAGUCCGAAAGUACAAACCGUUAGUUCGCGUGUUUUGGGGUUUCCGGUCUCCGCCGUAGCUAAAGUGAGCACGUGAUAGUCAGCGCGUGACAGUCUGGGGCGUGACAAGGACGAAGGUUGACAAAUGUCAAGACCGCGGUCCGGAUCGCCACGUUACAGAAGGUUUCCGUGGGACGAACCAGACUUUGAUCCUCACAAAGUAGUUUCAGAUCUCAACGGGGAUCCGUCGGAGAGGAGCCACCGCUCCCGAGAAGAUCCCGAAGAGCACUGGAACUAUUCCGGGGAAGACAUGCACCCUGAAGCCCAGAGGAGGUCCCCUCUUUUCCCAGAUGACCGUCAGUUUGGGCAGCAACGCCAUCCAAACCAAGAGGAGUUCUACCGCCGGAGGCCGUCGCCACAUCAUAGUGGGACGAGCUUUGAUGAAGACCACAUGCUUUCUCCGCUUCAUGAUGGAGAUGGAAGAGGAGGAGGCGGAAGAGGAGGAAGAGGAGGAGGAGGAGGAGGAGGAGGGAACGGAGAAAGACGCAGAGGAGGGUUUAGAGAGCUCUUUCAGAGAUAUGAAAACAGGUUGCCUCAGUCACCUCCGAGGGUGAUGAGGGAAAAAUUGCCGCCGACACCGAGGUCCCACUCAGAUCACCAACAGCCGGGGAUCAGCUGGAGGAGGGAGGAGCAGGGCAGAGGUCGAGGGAGGUUCAGGGACCUCAGUCCUGGUGUGAGGUUGGAAGACCAAAGAGGGGGAGCAGGUAGGGAAAGAGGAAGGAGGCCCGCACAGGGCCCCAACAGAGACAAACGAAGAGAGGAUUCAUUUCAGGAGAGGAACCCCACCUUUAAAAGGCAAAGGAGAGAAAUGGAUCACGCCACUCACCUUGGGUACAGGAAUGAGGAGGACUUUGGGGAACAGCGUUACUCGGUCGACGCCCCCAAUGAUACGUUUGGAGGAGACAUUCAGGGGAACCUCCCCCGCGGAGGCACUCGGCACUCGGGACCACUCGUCGUUGAACACGAUCACGGCAUCACAGGCGGCGGAAAGCCGCCGCGGUGGGAAGAAUUUGGCGAUCGGCGAGACCCUGACCCCGACUUUGACCGGCAGAGGAGCCCCCGUCCGAUGGGCUCGUCUCAGGAACGCUUCAGGACGCCAGAAAGCAGGUUGGAUGACCGGGAAGACGCGAGAGGACGCCAUUUUCAAGAUACCUGGAGGGACUCCAACUAUCAUGAAACUAAGAGGAACUCCGUGCCGCAAGAUCGACCGAACCCCGUGAGAUACGGCAACCGAGAAGGUCCAGCGACCCACAAGGGGAGGGGUGGUCCUCCUCACCCGGCAAAAGGGCAGAUCAGUCGCGGCCAAGGCGGAAGGACUGGACCGCUUAGGACUCAACCGCGCUUACAGCAGUCCUCCCAGGGGCAUCAAGAUCUUCCUCGUGAAGAGCAAAGACCGGCGUACCGACCCUUCAGGGGAGACGCUUGCGAGGAUCCCGCCGAUGGGGAGCCCGAUUGGGCGGAUGAGGAAGACGGGCUCCAACAGUGGGAACCUUCAAGGCCUGUAGGUCUGCAGCGGCACCUGCAGAGGAGCGGCUUGGACCCUAAAAUGCCUCGUCAGAGGGAGCGAGGAUGGAGUGAACAGAAAACCAACAACAUGGCCGUAACGGAGGAAACGCUAACCAUCAAAGUCGACAUGAGCCGACCCGUAAACAAUAACAGCUCCCAGUGCUCCUCCUCGGACCGGCAGCUCUCUUUAGACCUGGUCAACGUGGGCCGCCAGCGGCUGGACUUCCUGCCCAUGCUGGAGCACUCCGGGACGUACCGGGAGUCGUCCACGCACACCGGGACGUUCGCCCAGGAGAUCAUCACCCUGGUGCACCUGGUGAAGGAGCAAUACUUCAGAGGCGGCGGCGUCACCCUGAGUCAGCGAUUCUCGACGCCCCAAAAAGACGUUUACGCCGAAGACGAGUCGGAGGAGCUGACGCUGGACGAGCGCUUCAGCGCAAACCGAGGCUUCAGCUUGAAUCUGGACUCUCUGCUCGACGACGAGGAGCCUCUGUUCUCCAGACUCGGACCUCUGCAGCCGGUUCGAGGCCCGGGCGACCUGAGGCACGACCUGGAGAGGAGGCGCCAGGAGCGGCUGGAGGGGGUUAAAGUCACAAUAUCGGGGAGCAGCGUGUCGCAGCGCCCCCUGGGGCCAAGCAGCGAGCCGGGGUUCGAGUACAGCGACCAGGACGAGCCGUCCCCGGUGGAGGACGACGACGGCUUCCCCGGCUGGCCGGAGGAGCCGAGCCGGAGACGAGAAGGUCACGUGGGCCCGAGGAGAGGAGCUCCGUACGCCGCCCCGCGCCGGAACACUCGGCCCGUCAGCCGGCUCGGGCCGAUGAGGAACAACCGCAGCAGCGCCGCAGGUCCUAACUGGUGAUUGGACGUCGGGGGGGAACUUCCGAUCAAACGGCGCCGCUUUCGUCUUUAAGAACCGCUCGUGAUAA